CGGCCCGUGGCAUAGGCCGUAUAGGCAAAUGCUAAGGGCGCCGUCCAUCAGGGGGCGCCACGCCAGUGCCACAAAUGUUGAAAAAAAAAAAAAAAAGUUGGUACUAUUAUUUCUAAAUACAAAAAAUAAUCCCACGUUAAUUAAAAUGCAAAGUAAAGCUUAUUUAAUAGAAAUAUUAUUUGUUACAACAUUACGCCCCCCCCGCACGGUGCGCCCCCUCCCUUCCCGUAUCAUGGUUCCUUUUGGACGUCACCACAUCAAAAAAUCAACACAAGAUGUCAAAACGGCCAAAACUGUCAGGUGCCCAGGGAAGAAAAAAGAGAAAAGAAGAGGAGGAGAAACGAGAAAAAGACAGAGAUGCACUGUUGAAGUUUCUAAAUCCCACCCCUGGGCCAUCUACCACAUCUACCGCUGCUGCCUCCACUUCAGCAGCACAACCCACCAGUGAUGCAGCAUCAGCAGCACAACCCAGCCAUGAUGCAGCAGCAUCAAGCGGUCUUCCUGUUGCCUCCACCUCAGCAGCACAACCCACCAGUUUUGCAGCAGCAUCAAGCGAUCUUCCUGUUGCCUCCACCUCAGCAGCACAACCCAGCAGUGAUGCAGCAGCAUCAAGCGGUCUUCCUGCUGCACCAAUAGACCCUGCUGACUGGCCUUCUGCUUUAACUGAAAAGAGGAAUCAACAGGAGAUCAUUUGUCAACUCUCAUCCUAAAACGGAUAGAGGAGCUUAACAUUCCUUUUGAAGACUGCAGAGGACAGUCCUAUGACAAUGGGGCCAACAUGAAGGGAAAAAAUAAAGGUGUUCAGGCAAGGUUGCUUCAGCUAAACUCAAGAGCUUUUUUGGUCCCAUGUGAUGCCCACACUUUAAAUCUGGUAGUAGCUGAUGCUGCAAAAAGCUCACCAGAUGCCCUUGGCUACUUUGGGCAUUUAGCAAAAUUAUUCAAGCUCUUCUCAGCCUCCACCCAUAGGUGGGGUGUUCUCCUGAAACAUGUGAAAACCACCUUGAAAUCAUGGGCUGAGACCAGAUGGGAAAGCAGGAUAAAAAGCAUUGAGGCAG